AACCAAAACCUUGCCAGACUCAUCUACCGUUUCUUCGAAGAGAUAGACGCCAUCUGGAAGGUACUCGGAAAGGACAGAACAUGCAACACCGUACUUCGUGAGUACCAAAUUGAAGAAGGAAUUUUCGAGGAAGAAGAGAAACACGAAGAAGAAGAGGAAGAAGAAGAGAAACACGAAGAAAAGGAAGUUUGGGCAACCCUUGUUGCGGAUGACGGUUAUGAAAUUUCCCAGCCCUACCCAUACAAAAUCCGCAACAAGGAGACCGGCAAGGUUCUUACCCCAGUCCUCAACAACUUGGGACACUUGAGCCUUACUCUUCGGAAUUACGGUACAAUUUCCAUGGGAAGGCUUGUCGGUAUGCAAUGGGUUCCAAAUCCAAACAAGAAGACGAAGGUCAGACACAUUGACGGUGACAAGCUCAACAACCGUAAGGAGAACCUCGAGUGGUUCUAA